AUGAGCGCAGAGUCACCUCUCUUUAAGCCACUACAGGUGGGCCCAGUUACCCUGGGCCACCGGAUAGCAAUGGCUCCGCUGACUCGAUUUCGAGCAGACGAUGAUCAUGUUCCUCUUCCGUUUGUCGCCGAUUACUACUCACAGCGAGGUUCGUUCCCUGGGACUUUGCUAGUGAGCGAGGGAACCUUCAUCGAUGCUCGUGCUGGUGGAGGACCCAACAUUCCCGGCAUUUACAAUGCUGCACAGAUAGCAGCUUGGAAGAAGAUUACAGCUGCAGUACAUGCCAAGGGAUCCUACAUAUUUUGUCAACUCUGGGCUCUCGGUCGCUCUGCUGACCCUUCCAUCUCCGAAAAAGAGGGCAUUGAGCGACUGAGCGCAAGUGCGAUUCCAGAAGAUGAGACCAAAUUACCAGCGAAAGCGAUGACAGAAUCUGAUAUCACGGAUUUUGUGAACCUUUAUGCCCAAGCAGCAAAAAAUGCUAUCGAAGCGGGUUUCGAUGGUGUCGAGCUGCACGGUGCGAAUGGCUACCUCAUCGACCAGUUCAUCCAGGACGUCUCCAACAAGCGAGAGGACGGAUAUGGAGGAUCAAUUGAAGCACGAUCUCGCUUCUGUGUCGAGGCAGUUCAGGCAGUGGUCAAUGCGAUUGGCGUUCAUCGUACAGCUUUACGUUUGAGUCCCUGGUCGACUUUCCAGGGCAUGGGCAUGGCGAACCCAGUGCCUCAGUUUACCCAUUUAAUCAAUCAACUCCGCACUCUGGACCUAGCCUAUAUUCAUUUAGUAGAGUCUCGGGUUUCUGGAAAUACGGACAUCGAAAGCAGUGAUAGUCUGGAUUGGGCGAUUAAAGCCUGGGGUCCUGAACGACCUAUCCUCCUCGCAGGUGGUUUCAAACCUGCCACUGCUAGGAAAGUGGUUGAGAAGGACUAUUCUGGUUAUCAGGUUGUGGUGGUCUUUGGUCGCUAUUUCAUUUCUACUCCAGACCUACCAUUCCGUAUAAAACACGGCCUCGAUCUGGAGCAGUACGACAGAACUCAGUUUUAUAAGCCCAAGUCACCAGAAGGGUUCAUUGACUACCCUUUCAGUGCAGAAUUUUCGAAGAUUUAA